AUGAACAAUGAUAUGAAUGAAACGCGUCGAGAAUUGGCGGAUCUCGUAAAACGACGAUCUGAAAUAGCGGAAAUUUUAAGUUCUCUUGAGCAGCAAAUCUACAAUUUUGAAGGAUCUUAUUUGGACGAAACUGCUGAAUAUGGAAAUGUCGUCAAAGGUUGGGAUCGGUUUGCAUUAGUAGCGCCGCCUUCAAAAAAUAGUCUAAAAUUGGAAAAAAAAGGAUCGAGAAAAUCACUUCGUGAUUCUGAAAGAAUAUUCUCUAAUUCAUCAGUGACUUCGCCAGCCGCUCUAAAAAAUAGUGUAUCACAACAUAUAGCACAUGAAGAUAGUCCGAGCAAUAAUAAUCGCUAUAAUCGCGAUAAUCAUUCGAAGAAAGGAAGCAAAAAAAGCCGAAGAAAUGAUUCAUUUUCAAAAUAG